ACUGAGCUUUUUGGUGAACGAUGAAUGAAGAAUGUGCCACGAAACACAAGCAAGUGGAGGUGGUGGAGAGAGGGCACUGGGGCAGCAAGGUGGAGUUUCUCCUGGCCGUGGCGGGGAACGUCGUCGGCAUCGGCAACGUGUGGAGGUUUCCUUACCUCUGCUACAAAAACGGAGGGGUUCAGGUGCAUUCCUGGUGCCAUAUCUGGUGUUUAUGGUGACCUGCGCCGUACCCUUGUUCCUACUGGAGACAACUGUGGGCCAGUACACCCAGGAGGGCGGCGUCACCUGCUGGAGGAAGAUGUGCCCACUGGUGGAAGGUAUCGGCUACAGUGCGCUGCUGAUCCUCUUGUACAGCUGCGUGACCUACAUGCUUAUUCUGGCCUGGGCUUUGCUCUACUUGGUGUUCUCCUUCAGCUCACAGCUCCCCUGGGCCAGCUGCAACAACGACUGGAACACAGAUCACUGCAUAGACAUUUCCACACGGAAUAAAACCUUCGCGUGGACCAACCAGAUGAACGCAACCUCUGCUGCCACAGAGUUCUGGGAACGACGAGUGCUCGCUAUCUCGGGGGGGAUUGAGGAGAUAGGCAGUAUCCGAUGGGAUUUGAUGUUGUGCCUGAUUGCAAUAUGGAUCAUCUGCUACUUCUGCAUCUGGAAAGGGGUCAAGUCCACAGGAAAGGUGGUGUAUUUCACUGCUACCUUCCCAUAUGUGAUGUUGGUUAUUCUUUUGAUCCGUGGACUCUCUCUUCCUGGGGCUCUACAAGGAGUACUGUAUUAUCUUCUUCCUGAUCCCUCAAGACUCGCAGACCCUCAGGUUUGGUUGGAGGCCGGGAUUCAGAUCCUCUUCUCAUACAGUCUGGGCGUGGGCACCUUAACUGUGCUCGGCAGCUACAACACCUACAACAACAACUGCUAUAAAGACUGUCUGUGGCUGUGUUUGCUGAACAGUGGGACCAGUAUAGUAGCUGGGUUCGCAGUCUUCUCUGUGCUGGGAUUCAUGGCUCACGAGCAGGGCGUUCCCAUUGCAGAAGUGGCCGAGUCAAGUCCGGGCUUGGCGUUCAUUGCGUACCCUCAGGCGGUAGCCAUGAUGCCUCUGCCCCAACUGUGGUCCAUCUGCUUCUUUGUCAUGCUCAUCCUCUUGGGUCUGGACACAGAAUUUGUUGCCAUGGAGGUCGUCAUGACGUCCAUCAUCGAUAUGUUUCCCACGGUAAUGCGCAGGCCGGGCCGGCGGGAGCUUUUCCUCCUCCUCUUCAGCAUCAUGUGCUUCUUCUUUCAGCUGAUCAUGGUCACCGAGGCAGGAAUGUACGUGUUCCAGAUGUUUGACUACUUCGCUUGUAACGGAGCCUCCAUCCUCUUUCUCUGCGUGUUUGAAACCGUGGCACUGGGAUGGAUAUUUGGGGCAGAGCAGGUGUGUGGCAUCGUUAAGGACAUGACAGGUGUGCACCCCAACCCGUUCUUUAAAAUCUGCUGGCUUUACCUCACACCACUGGUCUUACUGGGCUCCUUUAUAUGUUAUUUAGUUGAGUAUCAGCCUCUGACCUUUAACCGCUGGUACGUGUACCCAGCCUGGGCAUACGUGUUGGGCUGGGUUCUGUCCAUUUCCUCCAUCUUACCUGUGCCGGGAUGGGCGCUGUAUAAACUGGGAACUGGGACUGGGAACUUCAGGCAGCGUUUCCACCAUCUGUGCCAACCGGCCCCCGACUGCUGGCUGACCCAAAAGAAAGACGAAACUGAGCUGCAACACAUCGGAGGGGAAGAGCUGCACUGGCUCACGUCCAGUUGACGUCAAACAGGAAAUGACCGUGAACUCUUUAUCAACAACAUGUAUGUCUGCAACAACUUUCCUUUUUAAAUCUCUUUGUAUUGGCUUGUUUGAAAAAGG